AUGCGUGCCGAUUGGGACAAAAUGUGUCUUUUUGUCAGCGGUGAGGUGAGUGCAAGUGCGGAGCCUUAUAUUCCAGAUUACGAGGUGGACCCUUUAGUCCCUGUGGAUCCCGAAGGCUGCUUACGCAACAGGGAAGAAGCAGCUGCCAGAGGGCAACAGUGCCUACGGAAGUGCAGUUCUGACGCAGAUUGUAUAAGUGCCAGGAAAAGAUGCCUUUGUGACGGUCUUUGUGGAUGGUCUUGCAUACGACCAGAUUUACAUUGCGCGGACCUGGCAUCCAUGGAGAACGGAAAUUUCAAAGUAACAGGUGACCACUUUGGAGCCAGAGUUAUGUAUUCAUGUGAUGAUGGCUACUGGAUGUCUGGCCCUAAAGAAAGAGUUUGCCAAGGAGACGGAUCCUGGAGUGAACACAGUCCUGAAUGCAGACAGAAAGCAAUGUGUGGUACCCCACCACAUGUGCCUCAUUCUCGCCGUAAUGCAUCAGAUAGCCCCGGAGCAGAAUUUGACGUAGACGAAGUGGUACAGUACAAUUGCUUCAACGGAUAUGAUCCUCAUGGGUAUUCCAAGGCUAAAUGCUUAUUUUUCAAUGGAACUACUCAGUGGUACGGACUGGAUCUGAGAUGUAUACCUCUCACUUGUGAUCAUCCCGGCGAAAUCGAAAAUGGUCGCCGAGAAGGGGACAUCUUCACGUUCACAAGUCGUGUCACGUAUCACUGCGACCCCGGUUACGAAUUGGUCGGAAGAGCCAACAGAUACUGCCAGUCAAAAGGAGAAUGGAGUGGCGUGCUUCCAUCUUGUAGACGGUGUGACCGUAUGCAUUAUUGCGGUCAAGCAUGUGUUCCGCCUUCGGAGAAGACGACUAGGUUAGCUGGCGAGCGGCGACAGUACGUCGCUCGCUCGGGCGUCGGUAAUACCAUUGUGGCGACAACAUUGGACGUGUGUGAUCCUAUGUAG